AGUGGUGGUGGUGGGCGGGGGCUCCGCCUGCACAUGCGCCCGGCUGUCCUGCCUCCAGAGUCGCUUGCUACGCCGCGGUGUCGCCGGCAGGCCCCGGCCUCGAGCAGCAGUGCCUACGCAAGUUUUCGCUUAGCUUCUGAAAUCUUCUGUUUAAAGCGGUAAUCCUUUCAUGCUCAAGUACCUAAAGUCUGACGGGCAGAGUUGUUCAGUGCUCUCCAACAGUUCCGAGCUGAGGGGCGGGGCGGUGAAAAGUACUUUCUGUAGCGACUCCCCGCCGCCUCACUGCAAUGCGCGCAGCUUUGGACUGUCUUAUACAUUCGCGGAAUACCCAACAUGAAUACCUUACUUGCGGACUGAGCACAGGACCCUGUAAAUAGUUUCUCAAGUUACUUGUUUGCAAAGGAGAAAGUGAGGAAAAACUGAAGUGGUCCAAGCCGUGCUGCUGUAUCAGUGUAUAUCGUAGUUUAAAGACGAUCCAAAAAGUGUAAUUAUUAAAAGGCCGUUUAUUUUUGAGUCCGAUGUUUUUUAUCUUAAUGUUGCUGGGCAGAAUGCCAAAAUACUGGCUGCCUGGUUCAGGGCCUGACGCCUAACCAACGUACUGACUUGGAGCUUCAGAGCCAUGGCUACAGAGGAGUCAGGAGAUGACAAAGCAGAGUCGGCACUCCCCUCAUUAGCCAAUCAGAGCAAGCAAAUACCUGAAAAACCUAACUAUGCUCUCAAAUUUACUCUCGUGGGACAUACUGAAGCAGUGUCGUCAGUUAAAUUUAGUCCUAGUGGAGAAUGGCUAGCAAGUUCUUCUGCUGAUAAAGUUAUUAUAAUUUGGGGAGCCUACGAUGGAAAAUAUGAGAAAACUCUUAAAGGUCACACUCUGGAAAUAUCAGAUGUUGCCUGGUCAUCAGAUUCCAGUCGUCUUGUUUCUGCCUCAGAUGAUAAAACUCUAAAAAUCUGGGAUGUGAGAUCUGGAAAAUGUUUGAAAACAUUGAAAGGACACAGUAAUUAUGUUUUUUGCUGUAAUUUCAACCCACCAUCCAACCUCAUCAUUUCAGGAUCUUUUGAUGAGAGCGUGAAAAUAUGGGAGGUGAAAACAGGAAAGUGCCUUAAAACUUUGUCUGCUCAUUCUGACCCAGUUUCUGCUGUUCAUUUUAAUUGUAGUGGGUCCUUGAUAGUGUCAGGUAGUUAUGAUGGUGUCUGUCGAAUCUGGGAUGCUGCAUCAGGUCAGUGUUUAAAAACACUUGUUGAUGAUGAUAACCCUCCUGUUUCUUUUGUAAAAUUUUCUCCCAAUGGUAAAUACAUUCUUAUUGCAACUUUGGACAAUACUCUUAAACUAUGGGAUUAUAGCAGAGGCAGAUGCCUGAAGACAUACACUGGUCAUAAGAAUGAGAAAUACUGCAUAUUUGCCAAUUUUUCAGUUACUGGUGGAAAGUGGAUUGUGUCUGGUUCAGAGGAUAACCUGGUUUACAUUUGGAACCUUCAGACUAAAGAGAUUGUACAAAAAUUACAAGGUCAUACAGAUGUCGUAAUCUCAGCAGCUUGCCAUCCUACAGAAAACAUCAUUGCAUCAGCAGCAUUAGGAAAUGACAAAACAGUUAAACUGUGGAUGAGUAACUACUAAACCCUUGAGAAAUCAAGUAGUAGAACCAAACUGGCAAAAAAAAAUUUUUUUUAAGGUUAGGUAUUUUAAAAAGAUGAUCUCUCUCAAUUUUGUCAUGGUUUUGCAUUUCUUUUUAACAUUGUCUUGAAUUAUAAGAUUUUAAAACCUGUAACCUGAGUUUACAAGGCAAGACAUUGGAAAAGCAAGUCUAGAUCCCAGGGCUACUGACUUUUAAUCUUGAAAUCUGUUACUACUUUCUUGUGGCUGUCAUUGAACAGAUUCCCAUUCUAUUCUCUCAAUGACUAUUCUAGAGGAUCAGUGUAUAUGAUAAAUAUUUAGAAGUAAGGCUCACAAGACAGGGUGAGUGAUAAAAUGAGGGGAGCAAGGGAGUCUGGAAUAACUAAGGUUUUUGGUUUGGGAGAUCAGAUGAGUAAGAGAGUAAGUCUGGGAUGGUGGUGAUUGGAGAUUUAAGUGACAGCCUACGUGAUAGGACGUGAGAUUGGAUCUGGAAUCAAGCCUGCGAUGGGAAAAAUAAGUCAUGGUUGUGUUUGUUCUGGCGUCUAAAAAUCUUAAGUUUUCAUCAACAUAAAAAGUAAAAAUAAACCAGAACAAAAUUAAAAAUGGCAUUUUACUGAAAGGACUCUCACAACCUUGUCAGACUGCCCUCUUCUGAUUCUCGGGUCAAGCUCAAUGUCUGAAUGGUGAGGCUGUGUUCUUUCAUUAUGUCUGACCCACUCUUCAGACCCAGUUCAGAAAGCACCACUUUGUGGAGUCAUACUGCCUGCCUGACUCUAACCAGAGCUGACAGCUGAAUAAGCUUUUCUUGCUUCUUUCUAUAGCUUCUGUUAUAAAGUUCAAAACAUGUAAUUUACCAGUUUGUACUGUAAUGGUUUCAGCAAAUUAUGAGCUCUGUGGAGUCAAGUAUGUUUUAUUCAUCUUUGUAUUCUGAUUUGUAUAUAGAAGGGACUAAAAUCAUGUUUGAUUGACAAUUAAUUAAACCACCAUCCCAACUUCCACUCUUUGCCUGCUUUCAAUAAAUUUUUGGAAUCAAUUCCCCAUAUGAUUAUUUUUGUUGGUUAAAAUGAAAAGUAUCUAA